AUGGCUUCUCUUUCGGACUAUCGCCUUCUUUCUUUUGAUGUGUACGGUACACUCAUCGACUGGGAGACUGGAACAUUGAAUGGCUUCAAGCCUCUGAUGGAAGCUAGUGGGAUCCACCCCACUCGAAGCCAAAUUCUCGACGCUUACUAUGAAUGCGAACGGGUCCAACAAAGCAUGACCCCGAAGAUGAAAUAUGCUGAUCUAGUCGCUACCAUCUAUCCGCAAAUGGCAGCACGCCUUGGGCUUCCCGAACCGACCCUGGAGCAGAGUACUGCAUUUGGAAAGUCUGUGCGAAACUGGCCUGCCUUUCCUGAUACCAUCGACGCUCUUAAGCGGUUGAAGAAUCAUUUCAAGCUUGUUUGCCUGUCAAAUGUCGACAUUGAUUCUUUCAAAGGCUCUAAUGCAGGCUCCCUUGAGGGCUUCCCUUUUGACCUUGUGAUCACCGCCGAGGAAGUUGGAAGCUACAAGCCGGACCCUCGCAACUUCGAAUAUAUGUUGCGCGAGGCUGAAGAGAAAUUCAAUAUCCCCAAAGAGCAGGUGAUUCAAACUGCUCAGAGUCAGUUCCAUGACCAUCAUGCGGCGAGAGAAUUGGGCAUUCGGUCCAGUUGGAUUGUCAGACCUGGAUCCAUUAUGGGCAACCUGGACGAGCAUAUAUACGAUUGGAAGUUUGACACUUUGGGGGAUAUGGCGGACGCAGUUGAGAGGGGACAUCUUUCACUGUAG